GCGUGGAAGAGUCUUACAAAAUACCGCAGAAGAAGACCCGGAAGCCCAAGCAGCAGGGUAUUCGAUGCUGUGCUAUGGGUCUGCCUUAAUCUUGCUGAUCUUCUCUGACGAUAGGCUCCCCUUAGCCACCUUUUGACAUGCAAGGCUUUUACUCCAAGCUCAACUCGUCCCCCUCCUCGUCUCCCCUGCUGGGGGUGGGCCUUAGGGCGGACGGCGCUCGGGUGCCUCUGAGUUUGGCCGUGGAGGCGGAGAAAGCCCAGGCGCUCCUGCAGACGUUUAGCUCUGCCUCCCUGUUGGCUUCGGCUGGACUCGGGGUGUUCUGUGUGGUGGCGGAUCACGCGCUCCAGCUGUCUGCCAUACAGCAGCACCUGUGGCUGCGUGCUGCCUUGGACAACGCCACACACGGAUUGGUGGGGCUGUGGUCAUGGGCUGUUGUGAUUGGACUGAGGAAAAAGAGUGAUGUAUAUGAAGUGCUGCUGGCGGGCCUUCUGGCAUCCAUUAUAGACUUGGACCAUUUCUACAUGGCUGGAUCUCUGUCUCUCAAGGCUGCUGUGUCGCUACCCCAGCGUCCUCCUCUCCACUGCUCCUCCCUUAUCCCCGUAAUCUGCCUCACUCUCCGCUUCCUGAUGUGGCUUGGCCGCCUCAAAGACGCUUGGUGCUCCUUGCCAUGGAUGCUCUUCAUUUCCAUGACGUCUCACCAUGUGCGGGACGCCGUGCGCCAUGGUCUGUGGGUGUGCCCGUUUGGCAACACGGCACCCGUCCCCUACUGGCUGUACAUCAGCACCACAGCGACACUUCCGCACCUGUGCUCCGUGCUCAUGUACCUGACGGGAACCAGGGACGUGAUCUCAACCAAACAUGGCGUUGCGAUCGACGUGUAGAUGCAUCAGUUAUCCCUGGAGGAAAACAUUGUUGACAGUUUGAAACAUUCAAAUACUUGAAGUGACUGAAGAAAAUUUUUUUAAAUGUUUAUUUUUGUUUGUUUGUUUGUUUUGAUUUUUAUUUAUUUGAGAACAGUUUUACAAAAGCAAACAACUAUAUUUAUAGUUCCAGUCAGACCUGUACAGAGACACACGAGCGUUGGGGUAGCCUGAUGAUUCAGUCUGCUCCUUUAAUAAUAAUUUAAAAAAGAACAGAAGAGGAUGCAGAAGUUUAAAUUUGUUCUAGAUUAUUAUUAUUAUUUUCUUUAAUCCACAGAGAACCAUAAAUACACACACAGUCUCUACAUAUGUUCACCUCCUCAUGGUAUCAACCAGAUUCUGGCUGGGUUUUGACUUCUCUUCUUUUCAAGAGCGGUAGAUAAUUGAAAUACUUUUGCUUGAUGUCAUGGACCCACUUUUUAUGUAUAGCUAAAGAUUUUUAAUAUUGUUUAGAUCAGGGCCAAAACCAGUUUGAAUAUGUGCUGGAGAUUAUCGGCCUCAUAAACACCCCACAUUUCUCCAAGUUUUUUUUUGGCUGGAGUUUAACUUAGAAAUUGCCUUCCUGUGCAAUUCUGCUUGAUUCUAAUCUCACUUCAUUGAUCUGUCUGGGUUUUCUCCCAUUCACCUGGAUUUCUCUGGUAGAUUUCAACUGUGCCAAUCAGCAAACAGAAGGAAAAGUUGUGAACGAUUAUGCUGAUUUACAAAUUAUAAUAUGUCUGUAGUUUUAGAUAUAACUACAUCGGCAGUGGAAGCAAUGAACAAGGCCAUUCAGUCCGUGAUGCCAAAGCUUCCUCAGCUCGGCACUUCUCUCUUUGUAGUGGAGGAUUGUUGCUGAUUGGGGGAUGAUUUCAGCGCAGACAGUGUCCUGUGAACAUCAUUGCGUCGAAGAGUCGCAUUACAUAUGUCAUGGCCAAACGUUAGCGAUUGGGUAAAAUUUAAAAUCUCAACGGAGUCCAUACCUGCAGAAAGCAAUCAUUUCUCAGUAAUUGAGGGUCCAGACCAUCUUUACAGAGCAAGAUGUAGAACAAAGGGCUGGUCUUUACCAGGCCAGGAAUUUGAAGGAUGCCAUUUUGGUCUCCAUUCUCUAUGAUAAUGUAAAACUUGCUUCAUUAUGAACAGUGACACUGGUCCACCACUUCUCAGUUGGUAAAACAUUGAGCAUUGUUCCUAAACAUUCUAAUAUUUUAUCUCAAGAUGACAAUUUGGGUUAGACGGUUGAAACUUUGACUCAGUUGGUUUUUCCAACAGGACAGGUAUCCCAAACAUUCAUCAAAGCUACUUUUGGAAGACCAACAUUUGGCUUCUGGAAUGGCACAGACCAUAAUCCUGUUGAAAGGCAACCAGUUUAAAAAGGUAAAAGUUCCUGCAAAAACGUUCUAGCUUUUGAUAUUAAUAGACGUGUAAAAUAUUUUGGGGAGAGUAUGCAUACUUUUGAGCUUGUAAAUAAAGCUUUAGUCCUGUGGAUUCAAGGAAAUACAAAAUUCUUUAAGUUGCUACAGUUGUGUUGUAUGGUAAUUUCACUUUGUGAAAUGAACGGUUCAAAUACAAAACAAAAUUUUGAAUAUUCAUGCUUAUGAGUUGAAGUACAUCUCUGACCAGAACUGUAUUGUAUUUUAAGUAAAGGAACAUUCCGAAAUGGGUGCCAAUCUUGGAUUAUUAUAAAAUGUCUCUUUGUGGAUACUUGUAUUUAAAUCUUUAUCUGCAGAGUAAUUUUCUCUGAAGUGACUUUCCAGUGACUGUUAUACCAGCUUCGACACAUGUUAGAAAUUUCCAGAAUACAUUUCCACAACACACGGGCUUUGAGAUUCUCACAGUAUGGCAGAGAAAAAAAGUAUAACAUAAGUUAUAUUUUUCAAUGGAAGUUGGAAAAUAUUCAUAUUUUUUUCAGUCUGGUGACUAGGAGCUGUGCUUUGUCACUCUUUGCUGCCCUCUACAGGAGUCACUGGUCACUGCAGCACAUUCCCUUCCAUCUGAUCAGGCCGUUUAGCCAUAUGGAUUGUAUGAUCAGUAAUUUUUGUGGCUGUAUAGGCGGGACUUUGUAAAAACCUUAGUUUAUGUUGAAACCGGUAACCAACCCAUGCCUGAUCUGGACCAAUCAGUGAAGAAUUUUACAAUUCAGCCUCAACAACUCAAGGAAAAGCCAACCAAAGGUCGACCACAGGCUGUUUGAAACUCACAUACAAUGUGUCACCAUUUUUUCCGAUGGAGAUAGUUUAGCUUUCAAAGCACAUGUAUAGAUUUUGAAGAUUUUCUGUCUGACUUCAACCAGUGACAUCCAUUUUAAUCACCACGACACAAAAUUGCCUAUAAUAUUAUGUAACUGUUAUAGUUGUCCCUUCACCUUCAGCUGACUCUUCAUUGUGAUGCUUGGAGAAGCCAUUCUAUCUAACCAGCAGUAACUACUGUCAGCCUUUUGUCUUUUUGGCUGUCAGUACCAUCUUCUUCAGAUACUGACUGUUUCACUCUCCUGAAUGUUUGCUUCUAUCAUUUAAGCAUUUGGUUAUUUUGCCAAUCAAAUCUGAAAUAUGCUGGAUUUUAUUUUACUUUUUGAGUAGGGUGUUCAUAACAUUGCCACAUGUCUUGUUGGUAUGAAGGAAUAUUCACAUUACUAUCAACAAAAAACAGUUAAAAAAUAAAAGAAAAAAUCAUUUACAGGUAGUCUAGUGAAAAAGGUGUACAGUGAAAACACACAUUCCUAAGCAGUAUUAUUAACACUAGAAUUUUGCAUAACAUAGUGAUGGGCUUGAGGGUGUGUUGUUUGAUUGUAAGGUAUCAUGGGUAUGAUGUAUUUCUCUCCUGCUGUGUAUUGUAAAUGUAAACAUUUUAAACAAGGUUAGGUUUUUUUGGGAUUUUUUGCAUUUUUUUUGGAUUGAGAAAGUAGAUGUAUUGAUGCCCCUUGUCCACUAGAGGGCUCCUGGAGUUUACGUAUUACUGCUAAAAGUUUCUUUUCAAGCAUUAAGUUUCUAAAAUAAUACAAAAACGAUUGAGGGAAAGUUAGAUUAAAUUUGCACAGUUUAUUUUAUAUAUUUAUAAAAAAAAUCAUCUUUUUAUUGCAUGAGAGUAUCUGAUUUGUAUCUGUCUCGUUUUGUUGGUGGCAUCAUUAAUAUUUGAAUGACAGACAUCCUUCAUGUUUGUUGAGGUACUCUGAACAUUAGUAGACAAUAACAGUUGCUUAACACUGGAACUUUACCUUAAAGUUAAAGAAAGAUGUGAGCACUGCAAGUGUUUUUGUCACACACCUCUGCACCGGUGUAUGUGAAACGUUUGUGUUUGUGGGAUGAAUGUAUUUGCCAUGCUAUUUAAAAUGCAUUUAAUUCAGUAAAAAUAUUUUACUGCUGCUUAUUUUUCUUUUUAUCUUUGACUGAUUUUUGAUGUGUUGAAUAUUUGCACUUUAAGUUUUUAAAAUGUGAAAUAUACUUCAUUUUUGUUUGAGUGCUUUUGUAAGGUAGGGGUCUUUAGCAUUAAGAACAUAUGCAGAGUAUCUAGUUAAUUCUAGUGUUGUUCUUUUAUCUCAAUAAAAGAUAUCCUAAAUAUUACUUUGUAUUUUUUUAGUUCCCUGCUAACUGUAAGGCCAAUUUUCCUGUGUGGUCUGACUGUAUUUUGAAUUGUCACUUUAAGGCAUCCUUAUAAUUAUUGUCAUGUUUGAGUGAUAUCAUUACAGUUCUAAGAGAGCAACUAUGUUUGCUCUCGCAUAAAGUGCAGGACAAAAUGGCAGAGUAAAAUUAGAUGCGUAUUCCUAGAUCUCAGAAAUACAUUUCAUAUUCUAAAACAGUGCUGAGUAAUUCACCAUGACAAGUUAUAAGGGGAAUAUUAACACAGAUUAAAUUCUUAUUCUCAAAAGGAUACCUGUAAAGAUGACGAAAAUAAAGUGAACUAAGCAGCAUUAUAAUUGGGAAGCAGCAGCAAUGUUUCAGUUAGAAGAGCUGUUUAAAUAAUUAAAUUAUUGUAAAUAUUGCAAAUAUUUUCAGGAUUAAUAUGUUUUUGUAAGCCAUGGACUGGCGACCUGUCCAGGGUGUCCUCCGAAAAAUAGGGUUGGAUGUAGUGUUGGAAGGAGGGCUGGAAUUAGCAUUGGAAGGACUUUUGGCAAGAAAAAUUUUGGGUAUAGAGUUUGGAGGAGGGGUGAAAGUAGGGCUCCAAUUAGGGUCCGGACUAGGGUACCCGAACCCCAAACCCUCAGAGUUAUUGGACAAAUGUUUUAUGUUGCUUUUUUUUGUUUGUUUUUUUUUUUUUUUUUGAAGAUUGACCAUAAAAAAUAAAGCAUUUAGAUGUAGUCUAGUUAAAUAGAUGUGAAGAGAACUAAGCAGUAUUAUUAACGCUAAAAUUGUCCACAACAUGCAGCAUUCUGGGCUGUAGGGGUGGGUUGUGCAAUUGUAAGGUAUCAUGGGGAAAAUGUAUUUCUCUCCUGCUGUGUCUAUUGUAACCGGAUAACUUUUUAAGCAACCUGAGUCUUUUCCCUUUUUUUGGAUUGAAGAAAUAGAUGUCUUAAUGUCCCUUUUCCACUAGAGGGCUCCCGGAGUUUAUAUAUUAUUGCUAAAAGUUUCUUUUCAAGUUUUAAAUUAAAAAAUAAAUAAAUAAAUAAUUUUAAAAAACUAUUGAGGGAAAGUUGGAUUAAUUUUGCUCAGCUUGUUUUAUAUAUUUAUAUUAAAAAAUAAUCUUUUUAUUCCAUGUGAGAAUUUGCUUUGUAUCUGUCUCGUUUUGUUGGUGGUUUCAUUAAUAUUUGAAUAACAGACAUCCUUCAUGUUUGUUGACAUACUCUGAACAUCUGUGGAGAACAACGGUUGCUAAACAUCCAAUGUUACCUAAAAGGUAAGGAAAGAUGUGAGCACUGCAAGUGUUUCUGUCACACACCUCUCCACCGGUAUAUGUGAAAAGGUUGUGUUUGUGGUAUGAAUGUACAGUAUUUGCCAUGCCAUUUAAAAUACAUUUUUUAAAGAUUUUUUUUUUUUUUAUCUUUGAUUUUGAUGUGUUGAAUAUUUGCACUUUUUUAAUGUGAAAUAUAGAAUUUUAAUUAAGGCAGUCAAACCAUAUAAAGGUUUAAGUGUUUUGUAUAGGAGUCUUUAUUUAGUAUUAAGUACAUAUGCAGAGUACCUAAUUCUAGUGGUGUUCUUUUAUCGCAAUAAAAUAUAUCCUGCCUAAAUAUUAUCUUUGUUUUUUUUUUUUGUUUUUUGUUUUUUGCCUAGUGAGUUUAAGGCCCAUCUUUUUGUGGCCUGAGGGUUUCUAGACACUUUAAGGCACCUAUAUAAUUAUUGGCUGGUUAAGACCAGUUAUUUUACAUUCAGAGUGAUUUUAUUACUGUUCUGGGAGAGCAACUGUGUUUGCUCUCACAAAAUGUGGAGAAAAAUUGGCAAUGUAAAAAAAGAUGUGUAUUCCUAUAUCUCAAAAAUACAUUUCAUAUUCUAAAUCAACUGAGUAAUUCACUAUGGCAAGGUAUAAGGUAAAUAUUAACACAGAAUAAAUACUUCCUCUAAAAAUAGAUACCUAAAAAGUUACUUACAAAGAGCUAUGUAAUGCAUUUCUUGACUAAAACCUCACAUUAUUGCCAAAGUAAAAUAUGUAUUUACUGUAAAUAUUCAAAUAGUGGUUGAAGGAGAAAAAAAAGACACUGCAUUCAAGACCUUAGGGCAGUGGUCCAACCUUUUUAUUACCGCGGACCGGUCAAGACUUGGUAAUUUUGCAGCGGUCCCGGGGGAGGGGAGGGGUGGGACUUCAGAUAAUGCUUCUGCCUGUUGGUGUUCCGGCUAAAGCCUUCUAUUUUUUUUUUUUUUUUUUUUUCCCUACGACAAUCUUACAACGUCCUGCAGUGUGUGGUGUGUUACUUGGUGGUGUGUUGAAUAUGCCCGAUUUUAUAUCGGGCAUAUUCAACAUCGUCUUGGCCCGAUUAUCGCAGCAUGUGGGGUUUUCCCUGACUGGGAGCGAGAACUCAUGCCACCUGUCUGAGCGAGAACUCUGACAGGUAGCCAAUCAGAAAGCGCGGUGACGUAAGAACGGAGGAGAAUCCCAGAGAGUUGACUUGGCGCAACUGAGAGUCCGGUGGACAUCCGAGAUGAUAUGUGGAAAUGUUUAUUGCUAUAUGUGAAGGUAAUUUUUUACAUAUGUUUAUUAUAUGUGGUUAUGUUUAAUACCAGUUAAAAAUGUCAACUACGAAAAAAACAUAACUCACCUCCAAAUCACAGUGCAGCAAAUAGAGCGGCUGCUCCCUCCAUCUUUUAUCAAAGCCUUUUCAUUUUAUUACGUCUUUUAUCGCUUAAAAUGAGUCCACAAACUAUCACUACUGCUUCUACAUGUUCAUUGUAUUUCUAAAUUGCCGUAUGGUAUGUUGGGGGUUUUACUGGAUUUUCUUCAGGAAUCGGGAUGUUCGUGAGUGGAAUCGGUUCGUGUGGUGCGUUGCUCCUGCCGUGUGGCUGGACACACGAACCGACCAUUAACGAGCCGGUCACCAUAUCAUGCAGAGCGGGCUUGGAAUGUGAGAAUCACCUACAGAGUGAAAUCCAUUCUCCUGUCUCUUCUCUGGGCCUUUUUCCCUUUGCAAAGAACUUUCCAAAGACAUCUGAUCUGUUUCUUACUCAUUUUGCUGCUUGUGGGCUCAAUGCUGACAUGCAAGACGUAAUCAAGAAUCUGGUUAAAGGAUUUUCCAAAUAAAAAAUCCUCCAGACUCAAAUAAUACAUAAAAUGGAAAUAUUUAAUUAUUUCUUGCACGGCCGGUACAAUUGGUCCUUGGACCGGUACCGGUCUGCGGCCCGGGGGGUGGGGACCACUGCCAUAAUGAACAAUUUAUUUUUAAAAAGUUUCUAAUACAAAUUAAUGUGAAGCAGUGAUGUUUCCAUUGAGUUAAAUUCUAAAUAUUGUAACUGGUUUUUUUUGUUUCUUUUUUUAUCAAUGCCAUUUUGUGCAAAUCUGUUUAAGUAAGAAAUAUAAUAAUAAGAUUAUUCUUCUAUAAAAGCAAAUGUGCAUUAUGUUGAAGUCCCUUUAUUUUUGGUAAUUAAAGGAUUACUUAGUGCCUCAGUGUUAAUGUACGAGGACUAGAAACAGAUGUUUUCACCUAAAUAAUGGUACCAUUAAACUAGUAGAUUGACAUUUAUAAGAAAAAA